AGAAGGAGGAGGGAGAGUUGCGCCCGCGCUGAGUACUAUUUUCAGUACGACAAUGGGGAUGACAUGCGCGAGAGGUGCGUCCACAGUUUCACACAGCGAAUACGCGCCAGAUGAAUAGAGGAGAUCGCAGGACGAUCAAAUUGUCUCCUCAGCGAAGAUCGACAAUGAAAUUAAUGUAUUGAUUAAUGCUGUAUCUGACAUCCUCUUGACUAAGUUAACCAUCCUUGAGCUCAGUUCAUCUUAGCGUUAACUCUUCAUAUAAUCGGUUAUUUUCCUCUGUGCCAUAUUACGAACGUAUCAAGGCGAGGACGACAUUUGAUUUCAUGCGAAGGGCGCACGCCCCGACGACGAACUAAUCCCCGACCCCGACCCCGACCCCGGUACCGAUCCCGGCGAUACAGCUGAGUUCUCGCCGUGUCACGAGCGAAUCUAGUCAUUCGGACUUCGCUCUUCUCGAAGAAGACCUUCGUAGACUUGUGUAUGUACCCUGAUCAUACUUUAUGGACUUUAUCGUCGUACGCGCUAUCAGGAUCGCCGCACUGAUAAACCACAUGCACUUCGUCUGACUCAUCAAUAAUCAUUCUUUCGGAUCUUCCGCUUCACGCGUCCUACUACAAGAAAAACAAGGUGCGUUAAAUGCUGAAGGUGCGACGGUGUUCACUUACAAAGUUUCUCCGAUGAAAAAUUGAGAGUGCUGAAGGUUUACAGGCAGAAACAUGCCCGGACGAUCGCCAGCAAGGGCGUACGAGCGGCCCAUUACAAGCGAAGGUUGCGGGUUUGCCGCCACUUGAAUGUCAUCACGGGAGAACAAAUGACCAGGGCGCGGAAUGGGCGAAUCUUGGCUUUCGGUCCUUCUUGCUGGCACGUUGACAACCAUGAUAAUGAUAGCGGUAACAAAGGCCAAUUCAUUUUCAACACCGUCUUUAUCGACGAGUAUACGUAAUGACAUUGUGGAUUCCAAACGGGCGGCUAUAGAAGAAGCCUUGGAUGUGAUAGAGGCCGCAUCGACAGGUUCUCUGGGCGAAGUUUGUGUCACUACGGAGGGAUUUAAAUCUCUUCCAGCUGACGUCGCUUUGGAUCCAAGACGGUACGAUAUGGCACGUCAGAAAGCUGACAUGACCGCUAUGGUGCUUCGGAAUCUCGGGGCUGCUGAAGCGAUGCGACGUAAUGCUCUUUUAGACGCUUUGACCAAGUCUCUGCUGGUGUCGGUGGAUGACGCUGUGGAGGCGAGGGUAAUCGCGCUCAACGCGUCCACUGGUACAGUGAUCACCGCGGUGUGGCUGAAACGUAGUCCUGGAAGCGUCGGUGAGCCUUCCAAGGUCGAGAGUCACGCAGUCCAACUCGGAUCGCAACCGGACCCUAGCUUACCGUGGUUUGAGAACGCAGGUAGCAGCGCUGGAUUAAGCAAUCGGAUUAGACAAUGGCGAAGAUCUUACAUUCGAAUGUGAACACGGAGUAGGAGUGCAAUUCAUUGAGAAGCUAUGUGGAGAAGGUGUGUGGAUCGGCUGAAAUUUGUUGAAAUGCUGCUUGGUCUUGACACAGUUGUAAAUACCAAGUCUGUGACUUGACUGAACGAGAAUGUUGUCGAACCGAAGUUUAUGAAAAAAAAUUUCCGCUCAAUAGGAUGAUGUCCGUUCCUGCAACAUGUUGAGGGAGCAAUACGGAAAGUACGCCUUUCAUUGGAUGGAUCCGUAGCGCUCUUUACUGCUGAAUGCGUCCAUCGAUAAUAAAUGAUUAGACAAUAACUGGACCAUAAUUUAUGAUAUAAGUUUAUGUAUAUAUUCAAGAUAAGUAUAACAAAUGGACAGUAUAAGAAUAUUACGUAGCAGUUUUACAUUCAGUCAGUGCAGUAGUUUUGUCAUAAUUAUAUCUAUGCAAUUUGUUAAAUUGUUUUUAUAUUACAAUUCAAAGCCAAGUUUAAUCUUUGGAAAUGAUUAUCAAUCUGCUUAAUGUUGUUAGACUUUUAUUAGCAUCUAUAAGUUCAAUAUAUCUAACAGAAACACUAGAAACUGAAGCAGAAAUAUAAUUAAAAGAAAAUAUACAAAAAUUAUUGUUGGAUAGCAUUUUUAACUAUAAUGAGUUGGAAGUAACAGAAGAAACCUAUCUCGAUUAUCAAGAACCUUAUAUAAACUACAUAAUUAUGAAAUAAUUGAAAGCUGAAGAAGCAUGGUAAAGAUAAUUUUAAUUCUCAUCCUCAAUAUUCAAAUGAUGACGCAGACUUUGCCAGUUCUUAUAAAAGACGAGCUGUUGAGUAUUGGCGGAAUUGGGGCAUUAAUACAAUAAAAAAAAUAAAAACAAAAGGAAUCGUCCGCUAAAAAUCAGUGCAAAAUAAAUUUAGAAGAGUGUCAUCUGAAUGUCAAUUAAAAUGAUGGACAGAACAAUUACAUUAAGUUGGAAAUCAUAUAAAAAAAUUAUCUUACAUCUCCAAAUUUACACAUGAUAAAUUUACUGAAACUGUUGAAUCUUUUAUGUACUUGAAGCUGUUGACGAUUCAUAGUUCAUGAUAUCGAUCUACAAAGGUGGGCUUUACAAGCUCAAGAAGAAAUUUAAAUCCUAUAUUUAAAGCAUCUCACAGUCGAGUAUUAACAUUCAAAAAGUCCCACCAAAUUAUUUCGAGAAAAAUUAUGAAAUUUGUAACUAGAAGAACAAUAGAAGAUUCUGUUAAGUUGCAAAAUACAGCUAAUGAUUUUCUGAAAACAUUGAAACCACUUAUCGAACAGUUCAGAUCUGAAAAUGUUUUUAAUUCUGAUCAAAGUGUUUUCAAUUGGAAAUUCAUUUUGGAAGGUCAUUGUCUAAUAAAGAAGUAAAGAAAAUAGAGUAUGUUGUGCAAUCAUUAACAACACACUCAUAUACCAGACAACCAAUAAUAUAUGUAAUGAAUAUUUGUCACCUUUAUUUAUUGUAUUGAA